AUGGGGUUCAAGAUCUUCACCAAAUCGGCCGACAUUGAGGCCGAUGAACGAUCUGAUGAAUUUAGCGUCAUCGACGAUGGCAACCUACAUUACACUGCUGCCGGCGGCUUUAAUUCUACCAAGUUGACUUACCAAGAAGCGAGCGGUGCUCCAAUUGAGACCAAGUCCCCUCUGGGGUAUUCGGUAGGCCCAGUGACGGUAAUAUGCCUUAACCUGAACAUGAUGAUUGGGACCGGUGUUUUCUCGACUCCGGCAUCGGUCCUAUCUGGAGCCGGAUCCGUGGGCCUCGCUCUGUUCUACUGGGUGAUCGGCUUUCUUAUGGCCGGCAGCAUGCUCGCCGUUUACCUGGAGUUUGUAUCAUAUUUCCCGAGUCGGUCCGGUGCCGAGGUAGUGUACCUCGAACAAUCCUUCCCAUGGCCAAAGUAUUUCUUCCCUACCGUCUUCGCUAUGCAGACAGUUCUUUUCUCUUUUGCUAGCAGCAACGCCGUUGUGUUAGCCGAUUAUCUCUUCAAGCUUGCCAAUGUGGAAUCAACUGCAUGGAUGCAGAAAGGUGUCGCAGUGGCUGCCUACACUGUUGCUGUCUUGCUACUGGUCUUCGACACGAAAUGGUCGCUUCGACUAGUGAAUGUCAUUGGUUUCAUCAAGACCAUCACAUUGACCUUUAUCGGCAUUACCGGGCUUGUAGUGCUUGGGGGCCAUACACCUGUCAAGGAUUCAAUUGCGAACUUCCGGGACGCCUUCUCUGGAACUUCAGAAGCGACAGUUUAUGGUGCCACAAAUGCUUUAGUCAAAGUCAUGUUCUCGUAUGCUGGCUACAGUAAUGCAUGUAAUGUGGCGAAUGAAGUCAAGAACCCUAUCAAAACGCUUCGCUGGAGCGCUCCAGCAUCGCUCAUCUUGGUUGCCGUUCUGUAUAUCCUUGCAAACAUUGCUUACUUCUCUGCCGCCAGCAAAGAAGAGAUUCUCAACUCGAAUGUGGUCGCAGCUAGUCUCUUCUUCGAGAAGGUUUUUGGUACGUCUGGCGCAUCCCGGGCGCUCAACGUUCUGAUAUGCCUCUGUGCCAUGGGGAACUUGCUAGCUGUUCUGAUCGGACAGUCUCGAAUGCUUCGAGAAUGUGGAAGACAAGGUGUUCUCCCUUUUACCGCAUUCUGGACCUCAACGCGGCCAUUCGGAACCCCCCUAGGCCCGUUUUUCCUAAAAUGGGCUCUUACCGUUCUCAUGAUUCUAGCCCCACCGGCUGGUGAUGCUUUCAACUUCGUUGUUGACUUGGCCCUCUACCCCUCCAACGCAUUCAACCUUCUUCUUGCAGCCGGGCUUCUUUUCACGCGUCGUCGCCGCCAUCGUCUUCACAUUCCGUCGUCAGGUUACAAAGCGUGGACGGUCACCGUCUGCUUCGCUAUUCUAUCGAGUCUUUACAUGCUCGUGGCACCAUGGUAUCCCCCUCUCACGGGAGCCAACGGGGGAGACGUGAGUUUUUGGUACGCGACAUAUUGUGUUGUGGGACUCGCAAUCGUCGGCAUCUGCGGAGUCUACUACUACAUCUGGAUCAAAGUCCUCCCCAAACUGGGCCGCUAUGAGUACCGCCAGGCGCAGAUCCAAGUGGAAGAGACCUCGACGGCCAACAAACUGGUGAAGGUGCCAGUUGACCGGGUUGACGAAUGGGAUCGGGAACAUGAUGCGCUUGGAAGAGUGCGGCAGAGGGCCGCGCGGACGGCGUCGAAUGAGAUGGGUGAAAUUGUGUAUGAGACAAAGGGAUGA